UUUUUUUUUUUUUUUUGAUGCACAGUUACCAACAGUUCUUGUGUGGUCUUUGGUAAUAAUGUAUUCAACUAGUAGGCACUGAGAAUACAGUGAUGAACGAAGCAAAGUUUCUGAUAUCCAAGUAGAGAAAGUAAACUGUGAGAAACAAAAAUAUAUAUAUAUUUUUAAAUACAAGAUAGGAAAAGUCUAUGAAGAAAAGCCAUUAAUAUGUUAGACAGUGAGUGAAAAUCUAAAUCAGAGUCAGUUGUGGUAGGGUCCAGACUUUUUCUUAAAGAUGAAAAUCAAGCCAAUUGUUUCAAAAGAGAGAUUUUAAUAUAGGAAUAAGUUAAACAGAUUUUGGGGGCCUGGAAAAGCACAAGGGAAAAACUGAGAUGUUAGGGAUGAUAACUAGAGGAAGCAACUGUCACAGCUCAGGCAGAGGGACUGGGAGAAGGGAUUAAGGUGAUUGGACCUAAAACCUCAGAGCAGACAGUUUGGGGAUGGGGCUUAAGAUAUCUGCUCAGCUGAUGAUUUUGAGAAUUUUAAAAAAUUUCAGGCUUUUACCGUUUGCUGUUGCCAGGUAACACUGACAGAAACAAGGCUGCUGCUUCCCAAGCUCCAACUAGUCUAAUACAACCUAUCGUUGAACCUGACAGAAAGCCAGCUGGGGAAAGAAAUGCAAUUACAGCCUCAGCUCCACAAUGCAGCAUCUGCAAAUGGUGGGCUUGGAGCUGAGAGAUCAUCAUUAAUCAAGAAUUAAGAAAGAGCUCUCUGAACAGGUGACGUUUGAGCUGGGUUGUGAAAAAUAAAAAUAAACCCUGCAUGUGAAGAGUUGGAAGAUGAUUUCAGACAGAGUAAAGGAUUUAAAGAAUGCAAUAACAGCAAAAAGACAAAAGUAUUAUGAGAGGUGAGUAGUGAGCCAGAACAUAGCUGGAGAUAGAUGGAGUCAAACUGUUCACCAGAACAUAGGCUUUUGAGUGUAAGUACAUGCCUACACCUUAUGACAGAUUCUGGGAGCACUGAGAGAAGUCGAUCAUUUACUAAAUGCCAGAUGAAAGGUACCAUGCUAAACUAGGGUUCCUGCAGACAAGCAACUCAUUCUCUGCCUCCCACACCUGCUCCUCUGCCUAUAUUUUGUUUCCUGCUUAAUGGCAUCAUCGUUUAUCCAGUUUCUCAAACCAGAAAUUCCUGAGUCAUCUUUCUGACUCCCCACAUGCAGUGAGUUCCAUGUUAAUCCCCUCCUUCCCAGUCUUGCUGCACUGCCUUGGUCUCUAUCUCCAGAAUGUUCUCACCAAAUCUGUCCUUUACACUGUAACCUGUGUGAAGGAUCCAGAGCAUAAAUCAACUUUUGUAAAACUACUAGAACACCUCUGCAACAGUAAGGUAAAGUACCCAGUUAUGUUAUUCAAAGUCCUCCACAAUCUAGUGCCUUCCUCCCCAACUCCAUUUUCUCUCCCUUCCCAUUUUAUAUAUAAGCAAACCAUUUGCAAUUACUCCCUCAAACCUUGUUACAGAAUGCCACUGUGCUUUUGUUUAGGCUGAUUAAUCCUUCAAGAUUUAGCCUGAAGGCUAGGGAUGUAGCUCAGUGGUAGAGCUUGUUCAGGAGGUACCACCAAAAAAAAAAAAAAAAAAAAAAAAAAGUUCGUGUAAGUAUUACCCUCUCCAGCAAGCCUUCCUUACAUCCCCAAACUGGACAAAGUGCUCCCACCACCAGGGUUCCCAGAGUUCUCUGGGUAUCCCCUAUGUUACUAGUAAACCACAUUAAAAUAAUUUGCUUACAUACUUUACUUCCUCCCCUGCUUACAGAGGCUGUUCUCUGAGGACAGAGGCUGUUCAUCUUUACUGCCCAGCAUGGAUAACGGAUACUCCUUACUCAACUGACCAGUAGAAUUGACCUUGCAUAGCACUCAUCAGGGAGCCAGAGACAGAACAUGGAGGAAACCUUUAUAUCCCAAGCUUUUAACAGGCAGUUGAAAGUACCCUACACAGCAUGAACAAGCAGACCCAUCUCAUGAGCAGCAAAGAAAGCAUGGCUUAUUAGGAAUCUCAAUGAUAAAUACUUUAAGUGAACUUACAGCAGUAUCUCCAAAUGAAGUCACAAAUAUGACUUUAUGUUUUAUUGCUGUUAAAGAGCAUUCAUAUUGUAAAGGCAAAUAUUUACACCAUAAUUUUUAUUUCCCUAUUUUGGUAUUUCCAUACUUUUUAAUGUAUCAGUAUGAAGUAAUACCAAAGGACUUAAUCAAGAUUCUUCAGAAAUAAUAUCAUCAUGGCUAAAGAAAAGAAACCAGAUUUACGCAAAAAUGUUUCCUGUUCCUGGAGCAGGAAAAACAGGACCUAGAAAGUCGUAGUUAAGCAAGUGAUAAUUAUGCAAUAAAUAUGCUGGAUAAAGAAGUGAAGACUAGAAACCUAGCCAGUGUUCUAGAGGUAUGAGUGGGGGAAGAACUGUCCACCUGAAAGAUGGUGCUCAGCAUGAAAUAUGGGAAGCCCAACACUCAGGCAAAAUUGCCCAGGGUGCCCUCAAGCCUAUAUAGGGAGAGGCUGCCUUUGUCUGUAGACUGAGCCAGUUGUGUGUGUUGAGCUCUCAUAGAGUCUGUACCAUUAAAUACCAGAGCUAGUUAUGCCUCAGGCCCUGGACUCUGCUUCUGGGAAACUGUCCUGAUGCAUAUCCUGUGGGAGUGCCUGUUAUCAACUCCUGACAGCCACACACAGUCCCAAAAAGCAGUUACAGUUCUUGUCAUAGGAAGACUUAUCACUUGGAUAGUCCAUGUUGGUUCUAAGAAACUGAAAUAUUGUCUAGGCCCUGCCAAAAUCUAGCACUCAGAUAGAAUACAGUGGCCCAAAUGAAGUGACUUCACUAAGGUAAUGCUUGCCUUCAGGCCGAGGAGUCAGCUAGUACCUCCCGUGUGAUUCCGCCUUCACAAGCAGGCAGUGAGGUAGCUGCACAGGUGGGCAUCUGCAUCAUUUGACUAAAACAUAAAAGUGAAAAUGAUGGGGGAUGGAGAAUCUCCUAAACACACAGAAAGGUGAGGACAAAUAACCUAAUCACAUAUUCUCUAGACAGAAGGACACUUUCAGAAAAAAUGUCAUGUGUUUAUUUGUAUUUGUUCAUCCAUCCGGUCAGUUCCGGAGUGCCCGUUUACCAUGUGUCCAGAUCCAAAGAUGAAAGAGUCAAGCUGUGUAUCAGAACCCUCAGUUCUUCCUGUGAGCAGUUGCCCUCUAAGAAUGCUAAAUUCUCUUGAAGCCUUUCUUCAGAGAUGUCUCUGAAAUUAGAUACAGUCUGCCUGAAUGAUACAUUACCAACUAAAUGAUAAAUGAUGUAUUUUCAACCUUCACAGCAUGGUAUCUUUUCCAUAGUCAUAUUACUGCUAGGCUGACAUUUCUCCCCAAGGACACCCUAAAUCUUCACAGGCCACCAGAACCACCCACGAGCUAUCUGGACUCCAGGAAUGCUGCCCACAGCCAUCGCAGUAGAAUCCUCUGAACCACCUCUGCCCUGUGCUCUCUUACUUCAAAAGUCUACCUAUGUCAACACAUUAUGAUGCAGGAACAACAGAACAAUGCCCUGGGCACCCUGGCCUGCACUUUUACCAAGUGGUUAGCUGCCUGCCUGCCCAGGAGACAUGAAAACCUUCUGCUAAGGACAUGUGAGAAGAGUAGAAACGUGCUCAUUGUCCUGGUCGACAUCCAGGAGGUUUCCAGAGAUCUAUUGCAGCCUCAUUUCUGUGUUUCAUCAUGAAAAGGAGGAAGCACAAACUGAAGUGAGUUGCAAACCUUGUCUCUAACAGAGAACAGUGGCUGGGCUUGAGUUUUCUGAUGUUUUUGUAUAAGUACAAUGAAGAAGAACAAAGGGAAGUCAGUUGACACGCGUGGUCCAGGACAUCUUCAAAAUAUGUUGGAUGAAGGAGAAUAUGCCCCUUUUCUGUCUGCUCCCAUGUUAGAGAGCAAUUUUAUUCAGGUCAACAGGAGAGGAGAAUCCAUUUACGUUCAUAACCGAGCCAACUGGGUGACUGUGGGCAUCUGUUCUUCCAGUUCCACCCAAAAGACCCCCAAUGUGAUGCUGUUGGCACAUCUGAAGCCCACCACACAAAAACAUGAAGCGCAGUUGUUCGAAAAUCUCCUGGCGUCUCCUACAGAGAAACUGGUGCUCACCAGGUUUCUUCCUCUGCAGUUUGUGACUCUUUCUGUGCACGAUGCUAAAAGCAUGCGCCUCAAAGUGAAGCUGGUGAGUGGUAGAGCCUACUACUUGCAGCUUUGCGUCCCUGCGAAUAAACAAGAUGCCUUAUUUUCUCAAUGGAUGGACCUCAUCUCCCUCUUAAAUGAGAAGAAAGCCAAAACUUCCAAAGUGUCAGAAGUAUCAAGCCUUUCAGAAAUCACAAACAGCACUGAAGUCACAAGUUCCAUGGACAUCAUGGACAUUACAGCUUUCACCAAUGCACAGGCCACACACAUGUACCUACCUGUACAUGUCACAGAAAGCAUGAAUUUCUCAGAGUUCACGGAUGCUACUGACAUCACAGAUGUCACAGAUAUUCCAGAAAAUGAGGUCACAGAGUUCCCUGAUAUAAAAAUCGUCACGGAAGUCACAGAAGUCAUAGAAGCCACUGAAGUCAAAAGUAUCUCUGAUGCCACAAACUCCCCGGGGGUCACUGUGGUGUUCGAAAAUGAUGACAUAAUCAGGGCCAAGCAAGAGGAAAAGGAAAAAAGAGACAGUGUUGUGAAGACCAGCUGUCUGCGAGACGCAAGGAGCAAGCACGAGUUCAAACAGUCCUCAAAACACGUCACCAUCUCCGACAUCACCCUGACCUUCGAAGGGGAGAGAUGCUUUCAGACUCCCCUGACUCCCCUGAAGAGUGAGGCGGAUCUCUGCGGAGAGCUGACGGAGGCGACCUCGGAGGAGAAGAAGACCGGGUUUAAAAACACAGCUCUCAAAAGCCUAGAAGCCAGGAGCCUGAGGGCUGAUUCAGACACUUCAGGGGAAAGAAUGUGAGGAAAGGAAAGCAAACAAAAAGAGACAAAAUCGGUGGAAAAACAUGUAAGAUAAUGUAAGGCCAUGAACUGUUGUCUGUCUGCCGUGCACCACCCUGCCUUGGAGCCAGCUGAUCACAGACCAAAACAUCUGCAAACUGUGAGCUAAAUAAAGCCUUUCGUCUGUAACUUUGGGUGUCAGACAAUGUCUCACUGUGUAGUGCAGACUAGCCUUAAACUCACAGAGAUCCUCCUGCCUCAGCCUCCCAAGUACUGGGAUUACAGGUUUGCUCUUAUGGUUUGAACCAGGACGUUGAACAUGGGAGACAAGCGCUCUCCCAUUGAGCUACGUCCCCAGCCCCAUGACCUUGUUUUUAUCACUCCCCUCUUAAUGAUCUGGCCUGAUGGCCUCAGAUUCCAUUUAUACACUGUUAAUUCCAAAUUUAUUUCUGGUGAGAUUCUGCCUUGAACUCUGUAUGUUCAACUGUCAGCUCAUCAUCUCCUGUUGACUUCUUAAUGAGCCCUGCAAAUUUAACAUGCCAUGAUUAUAGCUUUGUUUCCGGUUUCCAAGUUGUCAGGCCUUUUUGGCACUGCUCAUCCACAUCCAGCAGAAAACCCUGUUGUAUCCACCUCAAAAAUACAUCUGGAUCCCAAGCAGUGAUCCCCAACCGCAUGUUACCACUCUGCUCCAAACCUGCAUCAUCAUAACUGUGCCUCCUGCUCUGUGUUACCCCUGCUUGGUGGAGCAGCCAGACUGAACUUGCUAAGCUGAGGGAGAAAAGUCACCUGCCCCGCAGUGCGUGGCCGGGCACCAUCUGAUCCUGGACCUUAGCUCCUCCUGCUCUUCCCUUUCUGGCUCACAUCGGACCUGCCACCACCUUGGUGGCUCUGCACAUGUUCCAACGGCUUCUCCUCAAAGCCUCUGCACCCGAGAUUUCUUACACCUGAAACACCCAGGCUCCUGGGGCUACUCCUCCUCUUCCUGUGGGGCUCAUUUCAAAUGCUGUCCUAUCAGUGAGGCCUGUCCCACCCUGGGCAAACAGCCACAUUCCCGUUCCCCGCGUCAGUGCACUCCCUUAUCUGCCCUACCCGGCUUUAUUUUCCAUUGAACUUACUCACUACGUGAGACACUGUCUACGUGUUAGUCAUCUCCAGACUAGAAUGUGAAUCCCAUAAAGGUAAGGAGCUGUUUACCACCAUUUGUUUUUAGAUUCCUCAGCAUCUCAUACAGCACCUGAUACGAGGUGGUGUAGUCAACAAGCAUUUGUUGAAUGAAUGAGCAAAAUAGAAAUGAGUAGAUAGAAGAGGAGUGGUAAAAGGGUCAAAGAUAAACUUGAGCUUUAUCAAAUGUUUGGUCUAUGACUGUCUCAUUUCAGGAUGAUUGCUUUCACCUCCUGCUUCCCCCAUCCAAACACUAAACAAGUCUGAUCCUGUUUAGUGUCUAAGAUCAAAGAAAGUUGAAUACAUUUACGGUGGAAUGGGUUUGGGCUGACCUUUGCUUCCAUGGGGCAGGAGGGAGGCGUGGCAAACUCAUAGAAAAUCUGUCUCCUACCCCCUUCCUCUUAUGCUUUGUGGUUCACUCCAGAUACUGUAAUAAUCUCUCGUGAAGUAAUAUAGUUGAGAAUUAUAAAAACCAAAAGUCCCUUCAAAUGACAAACAGAUUCAACUGAUCACUUGCACUUAACUUUUACUCUCGAAUUACACAAGUUUCCCAAACACUCAGAUAUCUUGUUUCUAACAUAUAGCAAGUUGUAAAGGUUUACGUGUGUGAACCUUUAAUGGCUCUCUUAGUCAUUUUCCAGUUGCUAAGACAAAAUAGCCAAUACCCACAGCUUACAGGAGAGGUUUAUUUUGGCUCACAGAUUUAGUCCUUGCUUGAGUGACUCCAAGAGAGGAGCAGGAUGGCAGAGGGGCCUGGCAGAGGCAUAGGUGCCCAAGCCCUGGCAGCCGAGAGACAGACAGAGGGGAGGAGCCAAGAUACCAAUAUACCAUAACAAGGACUGCUCUAAACCUCUGCUGAGAGACGGGCUGGGGAAGACGGCCUGACAGGAUGUAGGGCUCACUGGGGGUAUUUGUAAACUCAGUGGAAGAAGAUACAUAAGACUUUACAAAUUCUCCUCACACCGGGAACCCCUAACAUUCCCACCUGCCAGCAGAACCAGAAUAGGUAUUGGUCCUCAAUAGGGUUUUUUGUUUUGGUUUGGUUUGCUUUUUGGAUCAAACUCCUGACCUUGUGCUUGCCAGGCAGGUGCUUGUGGCGCUGAGCUAAAUCCCCAGCCCACCCCCCACUGGCUUUACAUCAAGUAAAUAUAAACAAUGGGUAACUGGUGCCAGCGCCAGAUUGCUCAAGAACUCACUGCAAGCUUUCGGCCCCUGGUCUCUGGGUAACAUUUCAAGCAAAUGCAGGAAGACAACAGCGAAGGAGUCUCCUCAGCCUUGUAUGUUCAGGGCAGGGCACUGUAGAGCUGUCAGGAAUAAUGUACACCAGGGAUUUUUCUCCCACAUUAUCUUUAGAGUACAGAACAUAAACGUACCUAGCAACUUGGCAAAAUGUGUGAAUUUGCUUUAAUGAAGAAAUGGAGUACUUUCUACGGGUGUCCAAUCAUCAGUUUAUACCCUAAAAUCAUGUGGAUGUUUGCACAUGGAAUGUACUCAGAAGGACAAGCUCUUCUAUUGUUAGAAUCAAAAAUAAAGAUCGUAUGCAAAGAAUCUCCAUUUCUGUGGGUCACGAAACGGGAAUCAGGGUCUCCCGAGGGUGACACGGGGAUGUCAGCUGGGCCUGUGGCUCUCCAGCCUCAGCUCCGGAAGCUUCCCUCACACACUGCUGUCACAGAAGCUUCAGUUCCUCUCUGGGCUCUCCCAGCGCAAGGCUACACGCCAACCGUCGUCAACUUAUGGCUUCGAGGCAAGUCACUAAAUGUCUCAACUCAGGAGAAAAACAGACUCCACCUCUUACAAGGAGGAACGUCAAGUAUUUGUGGACAUUUUUGUUUUGUUUGUGUUUUGAUGCGGGGAAGCCAACCCAGGGCUAUGCACUUGCUAGGCAAGAACUUUACCACAUCCCAGCCUUAAAGAAUAUUUUAUCUGGGACCUUGGGGCUUUUUCCCCCUCUGAAUGAAUAGUGACUGGGAAGAUAAAAUCAAAAAAUGUCCAAACCGUUUUCACAAUC